GCAGUAGCGUCGGAAGUUGAAGAGAGUUUCCUGUGAGCUCGGCUUCCUCAACAUGGCAGCGCCCUUGUCUGUGGAGGUGGAGUUCGGAGGCGGUGCGGAGCUCCUGUUUGACGGUGUGAAGAAGCAUCAGGUCACCUUGCCUGGACAGGAGGAACCCUGGGACAUCCGGAACCUCCUUGUCUGGAUCAAGAAGAACUUGCUAAAAGAGCGGCCAGAGUUGUUCAUCCAGGGAGACAGCGUGCGGCCAGGGAUUCUGGUGCUGAUUAACGACGCCGACUGGGAACUGCUGGGUGAGCUGGACUACCAGCUUCAGGACCAGGACAGCAUCCUCUUCAUAUCCACGCUGCACGGCGGCUGAGGGCCCUUCUCUGUGCCUGGGCCCCCUUGGGGUGGGGAGAACAAAACAAUCAGACAUCCCCUUGGGCCCUGCUUCCAGAUCUCCCUGUCUCCCUUGGCUGCUUUCUUCCCUCCUCUGUCCCCUGAGCUCCCUCCAGGCAGGGAAAAGAGGCCAGGUGCUAAAAAUGAGCCUUUCUCAGGCACGUGAGCAGGGGAAGGCAGGCAGGCGGGCAGGCACCCGAGCCCGGCACUGCCUCUCCCAGCAGCUGAGGUGGGGGAGGGUGCCCCUCAGUUUGUCAGGAGUGGAGGGGUCUGUGCGGCCAGGUGACCCUGCAGCUCUCUACUCCUGUGUCUCAGUCUAAACACUGAGUGACCGCUGACGAGGCACUCCAGCUCCUGGGCCGUGGUGCCUUCCUGGGGGAAGAUGAAUGGGCCUGAAUAGCUGAUGGCAGGCCCCUCCCUUCUCAAAGAUUGGAGGGGUCUCCGCCUCAGUUUCCCCAUCUGGAUAGCAGAGGGCUCUGCCUGUCCCCCACUGAUAUCAUUGUGGAACCCCAGCUGGGGUCCCCUAUUCAGUGCUGCCCCCACACACACAGCAGCUGCUCUUCCAGCCACACCCCUCCUCCUGCUCCCCCAUCCACAGCCCUUGACCCUGGCUGGCCUCCCCCCACACAGGCCACCAGAUGGGCUCCUGAGACCCUCCUCCCGGCAAAAGGCUGCCAGCAUGCAGCUCAUUCCGCUGAGGGGGGAGAGAAGGAGGGUGUGGGCUAAACCUUGGACUGGCAGAUAGAGGUUUGGGGGGUCAAUGUGCCUCAGUUUCCUCCUCAACAACAACUGAAUUUUUAUAGUAUCUGAAAACUGGGGAGAUAUUUGAUGGCACAAAUGUACACUUGAUCUCCUCUCUCACCUUCUGCAGGAAGCAGGAUGGGGGCAGGCAGCACCUGGUAGGCAGGAUGGUUCACCCCUCCUCCCUCCAUCCCUUCUGGAAGUCUUGGGGCCUCAGUGCCUGCAACAGCUGGCCUUGGGCAAAUAAAAGACUAGGUUGUUUACUG